AUGUCUGCUGGUGAUGGCGACCAUGCCAUGCGUGCCGGUGAUGGCGUUCGUUACAUCCCGAGCGGUGGCGUGUCUGGUGGCGACGGCGGUCGUUACAUCCUGAGCGGUGGUGCGUCUGCUGGUGAUGGCGGCCACUACGUGUCUGGUGGCGACGGCGGUCGCUACGUGGCCGGCGGUGGUAUGUCUGCUGGUGAUGGCGACCAUGCCAUGCGUGCCGGUGAUGGCGUUCGUUACAUCCCGAGCGGUGGCGUGUCUGGUGGCGACGGCGGUCGUUACAUCCUGAGCGGUGGUGCGUCUGCUGGUGAUGGCGGCCACUACGUGUCUGGUGGCGACGGCGGUCGCUACGUGGCCGGCGGUGGUAUGUCUGCUGGUGAUGGCGACCAUGCCAUGCGUGCCGGUGAUGGCGUUCGUUACAUCCCGAGCGGUGGCGUGUCUGGUGGCGACGGCGGUCGUUACAUCCUGAGCGGUGGUGCGUCUGCUGGUGAUGGCGGUCGCUACGUGGCCGGCGGUGGUAUCCCUGCUGGUGAUGGCGACCAUGCCAUGCGUGCCGGUGAUGGCGUUCGUUACAUCCCGAGCGGUGGCGUGUCUGGUGGCGACGGCGGUCGUUACAUCCUGAGCGGUGGUGCGUCUGCUGGUGAUGGCGGUCGCUACGUGGCCGGCGGUGGUAUCCCUGCUGGUGAUGGCGACCAUGCCAUGCGUGCCGGUGAUGGCGUUCGUUACAUCCCGAGCGGUGGCGUGUCUGGUGGCGACGGCGGUCGUUACAUCCUGAGCGGUGGUGCGUCUGCUGGUGAUGGCGGCCACUACGUGUCUGGUGGCGACGGCGGUCGCUACGUGGCCGGCGGUGGUAUGUCUGCUGGUGAUGGCGACCAUGCCAUGCGUGCCGGUGAUGGCGUUCGUUACAUCCCGAGCGGUGGCGUGUCUGGUGGCGACGGCGGUCGUUACAUCCUGAGCGGUGGUGCGUCUGCUGGUGAUGGCGGCCACUACGUGUCUGGUGGCGACGGCGGUCGCUACGUGGCCGGCGGUGGUAUCCCUGCUGGUGAUGGCGGCCAUGCCAUGCGUGCUGGCAAUGGCGGCCACUACAUCCUGGGUGGUGGCGUGUCUGGUGGCGACGGCGGCCACUACGCGUCCGGCCACGGCACAUCUGCCGGCCACGGCGGCCAUGCCAUGCCUACCGGUGAUGGUGAUCCACACGUGCAUGACAGUGGUAUCCCUGCGGGAGAUGGCGGUCGCUACAUUGCAACCAGUGGUGUAUCUGCUGGCCACAGGGUUCACCACAUCUCGAGCAAUGACGCCACCGCCGGCGACGGCGGAAGUGACGAUGGCGGGCUCAUCUCCCCCAGCGCCAACGACCAUUCUGCCACCGACCCACACCUUGAUCCGGCCACCAGGCUCCCGCUUGCCUCGCCCUCGACCCGCCCACGUCCGGGUGACAUUGUUCUUGUUCCAUUCCCGGGCGCCCUCCCCACCGGCCUGCACCCACACCCGUAG